AAUAAUAUAAAAGCAUAAUUAGGGGAACAUAAAAGAUAGAGAUGACAUGGGAUGCGAAUUCCCUGGUGUGCGCAGGAGAGAAGCCGGGAUCGCACAGCCUGAUCAGGUGAUUCUCAAUGCCCCAUUCUGGAACGAUCAAAACGUCAACCCCUGGACGGUUGGGAAUUAAGAAACGGAGAGAACGUAGAUGGGUGGAAACAGAACACGACAGAGAAUGGAAGAUGUGCGGAAAAAACAGAGGGAGGAAUAAAAGAAGGAGGAGCGGUUACGUCACGCGGCGAAGCCAAGGAAAGGUCUAGAAACAGGCGCACGCGCUGCUUUCUGGGAAUAUAUCAACGCAGCAUCUCUGAUUCUGCUUCCACAAAACGCGAUAUUGUUCCGGAAUCCCCAAACGACCUCUCGCCUUGUUGGUGUUGGUGUUUAUAUAAAAAUUAGAAGCGAAGAAACUCUGAAUUCGGAUCGAGGAUCAAGGAACCGAAGAUGUGUUUGGUGUUUGUGUGCGACGAGGACGAGAGGGAGAUAUCGAGGCAGAUGGCGCCGGGGUCAUGCCCUUACUGCGGAGGCAUGGUUCAGGCGGUGGACGUGGAGAGCCAGUGGAGGUUCUGCUUCUUGCCCGUCUACUUCAAAACCAGACGCCGUCUCUACUGCUCCUUCUGCAACCGCCGGCUGGUUAUUCAGCAGUGAUCCUCCCUCUUCACUUUCUCUUCUACGCUUCUUAUCUUAGUUACCUUCUUCUUCAAUUUUGUCUCCCUCUGUAAAUCAAUCCCUCAUCCAGUAUUAACAGUACUAGCAUCUUCCUUUCAAUUUAAUUGUGUGUGUGUGUGUGUUCCGCUGACUCUUUCCUGCCCCCUCACCCUAACAUAUGGUGGACUUGUUAAGGAAAUCCCACAUGCCUGGGUUUUAUCACGAACAAACGCACGUCUCAAUUCCGGAUGUAAUUAAACAAGUGCGAGUGCUCGUUUUCUCACCAA